CUAGCAUAUCUAGCUUGUUGUUCUGGUGUGUGAGGUGGGUAUUUAAGGCUCUGCAGUAAAAAUGUCUUCACUUGAGUCUCUGGGAGAGUUGAGCAGCCAAAGAGACUAACUUUAAACUUUCUUCUCCUCAACAACUUGGUUCUUUCCAGAACCAGAGAAGACAUUCUGCAGUCUCCGUUGCAACCCGAGCUCCAAAAUAGCUGUUAGCUAAACACGGCUAAAUAAAACCUGCUACCAUUUCUGGGAUUUAUCGUGAUGUUCAUCAUCUGGAUCUGGACAGCAUGGAUACAGAUAUUCAGCAGGUGGUGCUAGUUAAAAAAGAAGCUUCUGAAGAACAGAGUGCUGGUGUGGACCAACGGGACCAAGAACACCUCCACAUAAAGGAGGAACAAGAGGAACUCUGGACCAGUCUGGAGGAAGAUCGUUUCCAUUUGAAGGACGAGAAUAAUGCUGCCUGGUUUUCAUUCACUACUGUUUCUAUAAAGAGUGAAGAUGAUGAAGAUAAACCUAUGUUCACACAGCUUCUUCAGCAGCAAAUAGAAGACAGAGAUGGUCCAACCAGCAACUCAGCUGACCAGAUGACAGCAGAAACUGGUGGAGGAGCAGAAGCUAGCAGGAACCGUGAUCUGAACCCUCAUGACCAGUCAUCCAAUUCUUCAGAGACUGAAGUUAGUGGAGAUGAUGGAGAUGUUGAUGAUUUGAAUUUAAACACUGAGCUGUCAGACUCGGGGCCUGAAACUGGGGACAGAGACAAUGACUGGAGUGAGAACAGGUCUUCUGAGUCAGAUCUUAAGCCUGUCAACAAAUCCUUUAGCUGCCCUGAGUGUGGUGAACAAUUUCUCCACAAGUGGUCUCUCCAGAAACACGUGACAAGUCAUUCAACAGCAAGGUCUUCAGGUUGUGUGGUUAAUAAGAAAUGUAUCAUAAUAAAGCAACAUAUAGACAAGUGCAGGAAAGUCCAGACAAAACCAAAAUCAUUUAGUUGUGACGAUUGUGGAAAAAGAUUUGGGACAAAGUCAAUUUUAAACAGACACAUGAGUGUCCACACAGGACAGAAACCUUUUGCCUGUGAGCUCUGUGGAAGAAGAUUUAGCCGAAAGACACAUUUAAACCGACACAUGCAAGUCCACGCAGGCCAGAAGCCUUUGGCCUGUGAAUUGUGUGGACAAGAAUUUAAAGAAAAGACAGAUUUAAAUGAACACAUGAGAGUCCACACAGGCCAGAAACCUUUUGCCUGUGAGCUCUGUGGACAACUAUUUAAUUCAAAGGCAUCUUUAAACCGACAUAUAAGAGUCCACACAGGACAGAAGCCUUUUGCCUGUGAGCUCUGUGGACAUCUAUUUAAUUCAAAGGCAUAUUUAAACCGACAUAUAAGAGUCCACACAGGACAGAAGCCUUUUGCUUGUGAACUCUGUGAACACAAAUUUAGACAAAAGGCAAAUUUAAACGCUCACAUGCGAGUCCACACAGGACAAAGGCCUUUUGUUUGUGAACUCUGUGGACAAAAAUUUAGACAAAAGACAAAUUUAAAUGAACAUAUGCGAGUCCACACAGGACAGAAACCAUUUGGCUGUGAGCUCUGUGAACAAAGAUUUAAUUCAAAGCCAAAUUUAAACCGACACAUGAGAGUCCACACAGGACAAAAACCUUUUGCUUGUGAGCUCUGUGGACAAAGGUUUAGCCAAAAGACAAAUUUAAACACUCACAUGGGAGUCCACACAGGACAAAGGCCUUUUACUUGUGAGCUCUGUGGACAAAAAUUUAGCCAUAGUUCUAGCCUAAACAGUCACAUGAGAGUCCAUACAGGACAGAAACCAUUUGCCUGCGAACUCUGUGGACAAAGAUUUAGCUAUAAGAGAGGUUUAAAUAGUCAUUUGAGAGUCCACACAGGAAACAAGCCUUUAGCCUUGGAACUUUGUUGAAGCAUAUUUAAACAGAUAAAUGAGGGUCCACAGGUGGACGCAAAUAACAUAUUUAACUGCCAAGUUUACCGAAAAAGGGACCAUUGUAGUUUAUACAUCCCAUAAUUCAUAGCUACACUACAUAUACCAAACCAGGGGUUGGCUACCCACGGCUCUUUCAUCUAUCUGAUACAGCCCUCUGUGCUUGUCAAAGAAUGAAUUAAUGUUUAAUUAAAAUGUAUUUUAUUUGA